CACUGUUGAAGCCAUUUAUGCUUUAACGUACGCUACGGGCGUGCUGGCUGGUGGAACGAAUGCGCAGCGUUUACAGAUUCCGACCGGAGUUUUAUAAAAGUUGAACCGCGUCGCUUAAAAACAUUGUCAUAUGGUGAGACAGUCGGUUAUAAUUAUACAAACUAUCCUGUAAAGCACGCUCUCUGCGGUAUGACUAUAACUGGGAUAUAUUUUUGGAGAAGCACGAUGAGGAUCAGGACACCGGGGGUGUUUUGGAGAGGACAGAGCACGUACACACAGGGUCAGAGUCCUGAGCCGCGUAUUCGUGAAUACUUCUACUAUCUUGAUCAUCAAGGACAGCUCUUUCUAGAUGAUACCAAGGUGAAGAACUUUGUCACUUGUUUUAAAGAUCAGCAAUUUCUGGUUUUCUUUUUCAAGCAUUUGAAAGUCAAUCGAAGUGGUCGCUACCAGCAGCACUUCCCCUACAUUUCAUUGUGUGGACGUGAGAGGAACUUCCUACGUUGUGACGAUCAGCCAGUUGUAUUCACUCAUUUGUUGUCUGAGAUGGGGCAUCUGUCGUAUUGUGGAGGCGGGACUAAACUGACCUUUCCUUUCCAACCUCAUUCCUUGUUCAUGCAUCCAGACAGUGGCAGAGUGUACCAUCCUGCUCCUGAGCCUGUAGGUGGUGUUGGAUUGGUACGUUCUGCAUUGGCCAUUGAGUUCAGCCCUCACUUUCAGUACUCUUCAGGUCAAGACAGUUCUGCCCAACCUACUCAUUUCCAGUGGGAUGGGCAGAGGUAUACACUGACUAAUGAGCUUUUAAGGCGUUUUGCAGUGAAUUGAAAAGACAUAUUUAGAUUAGAAUACUUAUUGUAAAAUAUGUUUAAGUUGUAAAUAAGCUGUAAAUAAAACAGUAAAUAGUAAAGUGUAUAUAUAUAUAUAUAUAUAUAUAUAUAUAUAUGCAUAUAUGGAUCAUAAAUUAUUCAAUACCGUCAUUAAUUUAAUGUACAGUGUAAGAAUCCCUUAACAUAUCUCAGCUGCCUGGCAGUAAUUGUGUGUAUAACUAAAUACAAAAUAUUUAUUACAAAUUAUGCUUAAAAAUCCAUAUAAAAUGUAAUAUAUAUAUUCCAUCAAAGUCAUUUCUGGUAGCUCCAAACACACACCUUUCCAACCCUGUCUCAGAAUUGCCCCCCCUCCCCAGGUUUCUUGACCAUGGUGGAUCUAAUUGGCAGUUAGCGAGAACGUUCCUGAAAGGAAGUAGCUUUCAGUCUCACACAGACUCAAGGAUAUCUGAGUGUUUGACACGUCCCUGGCGAUCAUCUGGUGGUCUAAUUCUUUUUAAUGGAUGGAAGUUGCACAACACCCGAUAAACUCUGACAUGCAGCUGGACCUCAUCCUUUAUCCAAGAUCUCCUUAGCGUCUGUAUUUCUGUGUGCUGUAGCUUGACCGCCCCAUGGACUCUUAUAGAGAUUUUUUAAGUAUCUUCUCCAGGGAUAUUGUUGCUAAACUAAUUAGAAAUGAAGUAUGACUUAAUGGUGAAGAAAUGUUAGAACUGUCCAGAAUGCUGUACCUCACAGUAAAGAUGACUAACAGGACAGAUGAAGUGUGAAUAAAAUUUCUAUUU